AUGGACGUCGCAUCCACCAGAAACAUCCCAAAGGGGAAUGUCUACUCACUCGAAGAUGCGCCCGUGCCAGAAAAGGGCGUUCUCUUCCAAGUCCGCGCUGGAAAAGAACAGCACGGCCCAACUUUUGUCACAGCGACAGGCAUUGCUGGCGACGAAUAUGCCGCCAAAAGUCACGGCGGAACCGAACGCGCAGUAUAUCAGUACAACCCAGCGCACUACCCAGACUGGCAAGCCGAGAACGCCCCCAAACCGAACCUAUAUGAUGUCGGAGCUUUCGGAGAAAACAUUAUUACAACUAACAUAAGUAAUAAUAACGUCUACAUCGGCGACCUAUAUAAGCUUGGCGAUAAAGUCCUCCUCGAGGGUGAUACUAUUUCCUUAGUUAAAAGACCAUAUCCUAAGUGGUUAGUUCUCAACAUGCAGAGGAUAUUGAGACUGCCUAUGCCUAAUAUGUGGAUCGAUAUUAGGAAAGUAAAGCUGAGGAGCUCGCCAAAGCCAUACAUACUGCUUACGUUCAAGUUGAAAGAGGACCUGACUCUUAACAACCUUAGCUUCAAUCCUUAUAGUCUAGGCGUUUCUCUCGAUCGUAACUCACGAGGUGGUUCGGCUUAUAUCCAUAAUGGGAUAAAGGUUGGCGACGAGAUCAAGAUGUCACCAGGCAACAAUCUAGGCGCACAGGAGAAUGACACCAAGGCCGACCCGAAUCUCGAGCAUAUCCUAAUCGUUAGAGGUAUUGGCAUAACUGCUUUUCUCCCAUUAAUCUGCGAGUGGGAGGCCAAAGGAGUACCAUACCAUCUUCACUACGCCAAGCUUAACAUCCAACAAGUUAUACCACAGCCCAAGACCGAAGACAAGACCUUCCCAGCCCGCAUCUUCUCGUGCGGACCAGGAGGUAUGAUGAAAGAAUGCCAGCGCAUCACCACCGACCUCGGCUACCCAGAGCACAUGGUGCAUUUCGAAGAUUUCGGCAGUGGUGAGCCCGAGACCAACAGACACGAGACGAUGACGGUUCCUUCCAACAAGACGCUACUCGACGUGCUCAACGAAGCUGGCUUCGAUAUACUUUACUUAUGCAAGUCUGGGGCUUAUAGCGCUUGCUUGUGUCGAUCGGGGACUUGGGAAGCUCGCGAUAGAGAUUGA